AUGGAGACUUCCGGCCAACCUGGUCAGCCUGGCCCGCAGCAGGAUUCUACUUCUCCCGCGCCCGUCCCUUCAUCGACCGAGCAGCCCGCCCCCGCCGCACCUGCAGAACCCCCGCAGAAAGAGGUUGAUCAACAGAAAGGCAAUGACGAUGACGAAGACGAAGACUCGGACUUUGACGAACUUGACGACGUUCUGGAUGACUUCUCCAAACCGAAAGCCCAGCCCGCACAACCUGCUCCCGCGCCUGCGCCGGCGGAUACGACGGGCGUCGCCCCGCCCGAUUUCGACGAGGAUGCCUUCCUAAAGCAGCUAGAGAAGGACAUGGCCAACAUGAUGGGCAACGCGGGACCCGGAGGUGGGCCCGGCACCGCGGAGCAGCCGGACUUCCAAAACGCCGUGAAUCAGGGUGCCGACGUCUUCGCGAAACAGCUCGAGGAGAGCGGAAUCCCGCCGGGCGAUUUCUUGAAGCAGCUCCUGGCGGACGUGAUGGCCGAGGAGGGUGGGGCUGGCGAAGGGUCCGGCGCGAAACCGUCGGCGGCUGCUGCGCCGGCUGUUGCGCCGACCAACGCCUCGGCCGGUGGUGAACAACCCGCCGAGUCGUUCAACGAUGCUAUCCAGCGGACAAUGGAGCGCAUGAAGGAAUCUGGCAACAAGGCGACCGAGGCGGCGAGCACGGAUGACGGCUCGGAUGAUAUGCUGGCGCAGUUGCUCAAGGCUGUAGAGGCCGGCGCGGCGGGUGCAGGCGAGGACGGUGACUUGACGAAAAUGUUCAUGGGUAUGAUGGAGCAGCUAUCGAACAAGGAGAUGCUUUACGAGCCGAUGAAGGAGCUGGAUGGGAAGUUCGGACCGUGGAUCGAGAAGAACAAGGCCGAGGAUAAGGUUCCCGCGGAGGACAUGUCGCGCUACGAGACGCAGGCAAAGGUUGUGAAGCAGAUCGUGCAGAAGUUCGAGGAGCCCGGAUAUACGGAUGAGGAUCCCAAGUGUCGGGAGUAUAUCUGGGAGCGGAUGCAAGAGAUGCAAGCCGCAGGCAGCCCGCCGGAGGAACUGAUAUCCAACCCUCAUAUGGCGGAUCUGGGAGGUCUCGGAGGUCUCGGAGCCGCUGCAGGUGCAGGAGGAGCCGAAGGAGUUCCCGACUGCCCGCAACAAUAA